AUUCCAAAUUUUUGCAGAGUAAAAACAUCAAAAAAUGUACCUCCAAACAUCAGGAGCUCACUACAAGUUAAAUUAAUGAAGAAGGAGAUAUGUAACCACUAUGGAAAAUUAAACUACCUCAACUGUCAACUUAAGAGUAAAAACAUCAAAAAAUGUACCUCCAAACAUCAGGAGCUCACUACAAGUUAAAUUAAUGAAGAAGGAGAUAUGUAACCACUAUGGAAAAUUAAACUACCUCAACUGUCAACUUAAGGUAAUGUAUGAUUCUUUGCUCGAAAUAAUAGGUUUUAUCAAUAUUAAUAACUUUAUGUCAGAUGUUCAGGAUAAGGUGGAGAUUUCUAAUUCAAUUAAAUUUAAUAGAGUUAAUAACAAAUUAAUUAAACUUAUUCAAGCCAAAACUUUGCUCGAUCAAGCUUCAGAUGUCAGAGAUGUCAGAAAGUUUUCAGAUUUCAAAUUCCAUCCCCGUAUAAAGAACCUCACCAACAUUAAUUUUUCCAAAGACGAAAUACAAUUGCUCAACUACGGUCUUAAACACUCAGUCCCCAAAGAUUUUUCAAUCAAAGACAUAGAGAACCUUUCUAUCGAGACAGACAUAGUUAUCGAAAAUCUCUCCGUAACCCUUUCAGACAGAACAUCUAUCAGAAACUCUUGUUACCGCUUUCUCAACAAAUUCAAAACUAAAAUUGAUUCUUCCAAUAACUCUUCUUUCUCACAUAGUCUUUCUUCCAAAAAAGCCAACUCUUUUCUUAAGUCAUUAAAAUCAAUUAAACAAAAAAUUACAAACCAUCAAUUAAUUUUCAGUAAAGCAGACAAAGGUAACUGUCUUGUCAUCCUUGAACGUGACUUAUAUAACAACAAAGUCACAUCUUUCUUAGAGAGCAACCAUUUUACUUCUAUAACAGUAGAUCCUACAAAAAGAUUUAUCACUAAACUUAAAGACAACAUCAAACAAUUUUCUGAUUUUUUCACUGAAUUUGAUGCUCCAUACAGCAAAAUUCCUAGCAACCCUUUAGUUCCAAGGUUGUAUGGUUUGCCAAAAAUACACAAAGUUGACAUGCCUAUACGCCCCGUUGUUAGCUUCAUUAAUACUCCAGUUUCUAUCUUAUCUAAAUUUCUAUUAAAAACAAUAAAAAACUUAAUUAACUUCACUCCUCAAUUUUCAGUUUCUAACACUUACCAAUUGGUUGAAAAACUUCAACUCAUCAAUCUGAAUCCAAACAUUACUAUGCUUUCUUUUGAUGUUAGCAACCUAUUUACUUCAGUACCCAAAAAUGAAACAAUUAGUCUGGUAAAAACUCUCCUAAUCAAUAAGGUUAUUCAACCCCAUAUCAUUUCUUCGAUAAUAGAUAUUCUACAAAUUUGUCUAUCACAAGAUUUCUUUAUUUUUAACAAUAAUUUCUAUAAACAACCAGAUGGUUUAGCAAUGGGUAGUUGCUUAUCCCCCUUUCUAGCUGAUGUUUUUAUGGAUCAUUUAGAAUCCAAUUAUAUCAUGAAAAAUCCUGAAGUUCUACAUUGGUUCCGUUACGUAGAUGAUUGUCUCGUUUUUGUGGAUGGUCAGCAAGACUCAGCUAAUCACCUUUUAUUCAAAAUCAAUCAAAUCCAUCCCAAUAUCAAAUUUACUAUGGAACUAGAAUCAUCUAAUGCCAUUAAUUUUUUAGACCUUUCCAUUACCAGACUCAACAACCAGUUCAACUUUGGUAUUUACCGCAAGCCUACUCAAACUGAUCAUGUUAUCCAUUCUUCAUCCAACCACCCACUGUCUCAUAAAUAUUCUGCUUUUAGGAGUUUCAUCCAUAGACUACAUACACUACCUCUAUCUACAGCUGAAUUUAACAAGGAACUUAAUAUAAUCAAACAAAUAGCAGUCAACAAUGAUUACAACCCUAAUAUAAUCGACAAGCUCAUCCGGAAAAGAGAAUCCAAUCGUCUUCAGCAACUAGCUUACAAUUCAAACCCAGUCAUCACACCAAUCUAUAGGUCCCUACCUUUUCAUAAUACUGUCAUAUCUGAGAAGAUCAAACACAUUCUCUGUUCUUCGGACAAUGUCCACAUAUCAUUUAAAGUCAAUAACACUCUCAACAAAACAUUAUCUAACACUAAAGAUCCAAUCAACUUUAUGAAUCGUAGUGGUGUUUACAGAUUAUCUUGUUCCGAUUGUGAUGCCUCUUAUGUAGGAAGAACCUAUAGAUCACUGUCUACUAGAGCAGCAGAGCACACUAAACGUGACAAUACAUCAGCUUUCUCUCACCAUCUCAAAGUCAACAAACACCACCUUAACAUCCCAGAUGGUGUGACUUUGAUUCAUAACAUCCAAGAUAAGAAUACCCUUCGUUUAGACCUAUAUGAGGAUUUAGAGAUUGUCAGGGACACAAGGACAAGUCCAAACUGUGUUAACCGUCAACUUUCUCUUAACCGUGAUUUCACCCCCAUUCAUAGACAAUUAUUUCCAUAAUUCUAUAUUUUUAUUCACCUUCACAUUGGCCUUCUUUCCUAUACAUACCACGACAAACCCAAAAUAAACAAAAAACCCAAACAUUAUACCUAAUCAAAUAUUCUUUUAGUACUUCCAGUUUCUUUCACUCUGUGCUCCUGUCAAGACUCUAUCUCUUCCAUCUCAUUCUUUAAUUAUUUUCACUUAACAAAAUCAUUUUCUCAUUAUAUCAAAAUCACACCAUGGAACCCUUGAUCUUUUCGGAUAUGACAUUCUAAUAUAGACAAUAACCAAAAAUUUUGUUGAAUUUCCAACAUUUUAAUUGAUUCACUCUAUUUUUCAUUUAGAUUAAAAUUAAAAAAUAAAUCUCAGCUAUCAACAUUUAAUAAAUUUACUUAAUAUCAACUUUGGUCAAUACAAUAUUCAAUCUAGAAUUUCAAUAGUUUAAUAUGUGACAUAUUCUUUUUACAUUUAGAGCUUACAAUCAAAAUUAAUUUUCUUCUUUGAUCAAAACAUGUACAUUUCUUUCAGCGCAGUUUUCCUAAUUUAAUAUCAGUCUUUAUCCAUUUAACAAUUCACACAAUUUAAUUUCAAAACAGUAAUUAUAUUUCAUUUAUUUGUCCACUGAACAUAGGCAACUUACCUUAUCACCUUUUUAAUAAUUUUUCUAAAUUUAGAUUUUCAAUAGUUCUAUAUGGGACAAACUCUUUACAUUCAGUCAUAACAAAAUAUUUUUAGAGAAGAUUUCUUGAUUAAGAUAUGUACAUACAUUUUUUCAAUUCCACUUCCCUUUUUUUUUUUUUUUUAAUAUCAUUUCCUUUAAUACCUCCAAUAAUUCACAUUACAGAUCUAUAGAUUGGUAUUUUCUCAUUAUAUUCGUUGGUUCCCUGAAACAUAUGCAACCGACCAUUCACUAUUGGCAUUACUUCCAAUUCUACAGCUGCUACUCUAUUAAAAUAUCAUAUUUUGAUAAAAAAAUUUUAAAAAUUUUCUAUAUAAUUUUCAAUAAUAUUCAUUCAUUAUAACUUUGCUCAAAUUAAUAUAAUUAUUAUCAGUCCUAUACAGUAGACAAACAGUCUAUGACGUCACAGCAUAUGAGUAGAAUUUUGCUUUUGUUUACGGUGCACUAAUGAAUAUAUCAUUAUAGCUUAUUAACCUUUAUUUACAAUUUAGAAUUCAUAUCAAACAAAUUUAAUAGUUGCAUAUUCACAAUUGAAUAAUUAAGUUAAAUAUUAAUGCACAUUGUCAAAAAUUUUUCGGUUGACAUUUGAGAAAUCCACCUAUCUUCUUUGACAUCUUGUCAUGAAUUUUCAGGCACCAAUCUGUCUAAUCAGUUGGUUGUUAACCUCUCACCUGAUCACAACCUUGUGCUAAUUCCGAGCAAGGAUGACAUACAUCCACAUGUGAUACAUUUUUAAUCUUAAGACAUCGACUUAUUGUCGAUUACUAUACAGCUCAUAAUGUAGCAAUAAUGUUAUUUUGAGGUUUUACACCUAUUCAAGUGGCUAGUUUCAAUUACUUGUACACUGGACGUAAGUAACCACAUUUUCUUUUUUAACUGUCAAAAUUUCACCCUUUUGCAUUUCAAUCUAAGUGGUUCACUUAUUUCCAGGUUUACACUGAGGAUGGUCAGUUUGACCGAAAACGUUUUGUACAACCACUCCCUUGUGGAUGAAUUUUAAAAUUUUUUAAUAAAUUUAUAAUAUACCUAUAUACAACAGAAGUGUUUACUUCAUUCUACGUUGUCUUAACAAAGGUAUACAGCCAACUACAGGGUUUACCCUUUUAAUGUUUUACAUACAAUAUAGUUUCUGUCCUUGUGGGAUCGAUACUCACCGGAGGGACCGCAGACGUUCGGAUACAAUUAGCGUCUCUUUGCAAAGACAAUGACGUCGACUUUGCAAAGUAACAAGACACUUACUCAACACACACACUACACAUUACUCCCCUGACUUAGUGAUAAGUUAUACAAUUACGUGGCUAAAGGUUCUAGUUCUAAACCAAGGCCAAAAUCAGAGAAAAAAAAGAAUACAUACUUACUUGACUGUGAGCCAAUCUUGCGCCUCAUAGCGCGCCAUUAAAAUAUCGACAUUUUAGCCAAAAAUAAACUUACGAACAUUUUCGUAAGCUCAAAUUGUUCCCUUUGAGUUGUUUUAUCAUUAUUGUUAAUUACAGUAUAAAUGUUUAUAGCUCAAGUUUGCUUGAAACCUUUAUAAACAAAUUAAUGUACAUUUUUUUAAAGAAAAUUGAUGAUCAAAUAAUUUAACAAACUUUGUUUAGAAGCCUCUUAAUUAAGCUUUAAAAGGACAUCUUAUAAGGCUCAAUUUCAUGCGUAGAAGCCGAGUUAUGAUCGAUAAAGCUUCGAAAAAUACUUAUUUUGCAAUUUUCAGUUUGCAUUGUGCACUAAUUUUACAAUAUCUUGAGUUCUAAUUGUCGGAAUUAAGUUUAGUAAACGGUUGUUUCCUCGUUUUUUAUUAGGGAACAAAUUUUAAUUGAAACAUUUUUUUUAUCUC